AUGGCGAUCCGGUAUUGUUAUGAAAAUCACCAAAAUCCAGAGCCAGUAGAAGAAGUAGAACAGGCUCCAGGAACCAAGAAUUGUCCAGUGCUGGAAGUUGCUUUCUCAGAUUUUCUCUGCCAGAAAAAUAAUACUUUGCAUCAUACGGUGGAAAUUGGUGACAAACGUCUCAUCAUCCGAAGGGGACAGCCAUUUUUUAUUGCAUUGCACUUCAAAACAACAGGAUUUCAAGAAGGAUCAGACAAGAUCAUCUUCAUUGCAGAAACAGGGCCAUGGCCUGAUGAGGCCUCUGGAACUAAAGCAGUAUUCACUUUAACAAAGGCUUUAAAUCGAAGGGCCUGGAGUGCGGUUAUUCAGAGCAAUGAGCCCAACUCAAUGAUGAUCACCAUGUUGCCUUCUCCCAAUGCAAUAAUUGGGCAAUAUACUCUAAAAGUUCAAAUAUCCAAAGGAAGUAAAGCCGCCAUCUAUCAGCUGGGAAUGUUUGUGCUUCUCUUCAACCCCUGGUGUUCAGAUGAUGAUGUCUUUCUGGAAAAUGAAGCCAAGCGGCAGGAAUACAUCAUGAAUGACUAUGGAUUUGUUUACCAAGGCAAUCAUAAAUGGAUUUCUACCUGUCCUUGGAACUAUGGACAGUGGGAGGACGAUAUUUUGGACAUCAGCCUGAGGAUAUUGGACAAGAAUUUAAACUACCUACAGGAUGCAUUUAAGGAUUUAUCUUUAAGGAAUAAUCCUGUGUACAUUAGCAGAGUAGUAUGUGCCAUGAUCAACUCUAAUGAUGACAAUGGAGUCCUACAAGGUAACUGGGGUGAAGAUUAUAAAACUGGAGUGAGUCCUUCUACAUGGAAUGGAAGUACUGCCAUUUUAAGACAGUGGUAUAAGAGUGACUGUCAGCCUGUCAGAUACGGCCAGUGUUGGGUCUUUGCUGCUGUUAUGUGCACAGUGAUGAGAAGCUUAGGGAUCCCAACCCGGGUUGUAACAAACUUUGACUCUGCUCAUGACACUAAUGGAAAUCUGAUUAUUGAUGAAUAUUAUGAUACGACUGGCAAGAAACUUCCUGAGGAAAGCAAUGACAGCAUUUGGAACUUUCACGUGUGGUGUGAAUGCUGGAUGGCGAGAAGAGACUUACCUCCAGGCUAUGGAGGGUGGCAGGUUCUAGAUCCAACCCCACAAGAAACAAGUGAUGGAAUCUAUUGCUGUGGUCCAGCAUCAGUGAAGGCCAUCAAAGAAGGAGAAGUUGACCUCAGCUAUGAUUCCUCAUUUGUGUUCUCCAUGGUGAAUGCAGACUGUGUGUCAUGGACAAUAUAUGGUAAAAAGAAAGAAAAGCAUUUCUGUGACCCACAUUUGAUUGGAUAUCGCAUCAGCACAAAGUGUGUGGGGUCGGAUGAACGUGAAGAUAUCACACUCAGCUAUAAGAAUGAAGAAGGAUCCAUUGAAGAAAGAAAAGCUUUCCAGAAAGCUUUGCGAAGAUUACAAAGGAGAAAUGUAACGUUAUCUUCAAAUGGUAGUGUGCACUCUGAUGUUACCAAUGGCAUUUCUUCUAAUGGAGUUUCACAUGAACAUGGUGAGACUUUCCAAAAUGGAUCCUCUGCUGUUCAUGAACCCCUCAACCGUCCACUACAAGAUGCUAAAUUAUUACUUAAGUUUAAAUUGACAGAGUCGCCACAGGUUGGGCAAACCAUCAACUUGGUUUUAUUGGCUGCGAACUUGCUCUCAGUUGCUAAGACCUUAAAGUUAAGCUUUAAUGGGCAGUCCAUGAAGCACAGAGGGAAAGCGGGUCACCAGUUCUGGAAGGACUCCAAGUACAUUGAUCUUGGGCCUCAUGAAGAGAAAUGGCUUUUGUUACAAAUCCCAUAUUCACAGUAUGGAAAAUAUCUUGGUGACAACAAUUUGAUCAGAGUGACCGCUGUUGGGGAACAGAACGUUACCUGGGAGAAAGUUCUAGUGAAAAAGGAUAUCAACUUAGCUAUGCCACAGAUCAUGAUCAAUUUCCUGGGAUCUGCUGUAGUGGACAAGCCAUGCAAAGUACAUGUCACCAUCUGCAAUCCUCUAAGUGAGGAUAUUCACGACUGUCUGCUGGUUAUUGAAGGCUGUGGUAUCCUGAAGACACCAAUGAAAUUACUUGUGGGCACCAUGAGUAAGAAAGAAAAAUCAAUCUUGGAGCUAGAUCUGGUUCCCUAUAAAACAGGACUCAAACAGCUUCUAGUGAACCUAAGCUGCAACAAGUUCCGGGUCCUCAAGGGCUACAAGACAGUUCUGGUCAAUCCCUGAAUUUACACUUUAUAAACUGAAAGGGCAGUAGUACUGUUACGGCUGCACAUGACCAAACGUAAGGGUUCACCAACUGCAUUAUUGGUAACGGCAGGAAUAGAGAUUUGGCAUAAAAGGCACGCUAGAUCUCUAGAUGCUCUGAUGAGGUGACAUAAGGAGCAAAUAAACUGCGAUUUUGAAAUAUUGGGUUUGUAUAUAUGGAACCAUGCCAGUUUCUCAGUGUACAAAAAAGUAAUUACUUUGUUAGCUACUGCUAGGCACUUUAUACAUAAAUAUUUUUCUAUACUGUAUACUGGACAGAAUGAUCACAUUAUGAACUGUGUUUAAACGGGUUGGGGAUGGAAUCCCGGCGGCCGGGAUCCGGGGUUUAAACAUAUUCAAGAUUUUACUAGAACUUUGAAAGAAUUAUUAUUAUUAUUUUAAAGAUUGCAAGCUCGAUUUGUUUUGUCAUAACUCGUAAUAUAUUUUCUGCUUAAA